CUUCAUUGAAAAAGCAGUACCACAAACACGGUGGGAGGGCGUGAAUGUUCAAACUAAAGAUAAGUUUGUCCCAAAAAGUCAAUUAUUGUAGAGUCAACUGAAAUUGCUUCUUCCUUCUCUAUUAAGUUGCAGAUCUUGAUGAAUUGAUAAUACUCCAACUCCUUCUAUUAGUAUUGUUGAUGCUAAAUUACUGUACGGUCAAGUGUGAAAUUGCUUCUUCUUGUUUCUAUUAAGUUGCAGAUCCUGACAUAGAAGGCAAAGUAUUCAAGCAUAAGGUGAAAUAUUCAAGUUACCAUCUAGCAAAUAUUCAGUGUUAGAGAAACAAAGAAAGAUCCAACGACACACUCUGUCUCUUAAUUCGGAAAUUGAAUAUGGUGUAUUUCUUUUUCUUUUGGUCAUUUCUGUUAGUGCUGUUUUCAUUUGUCACUCGGUUACUUCUCAAACGGAAGGGUGUAGCAGUAGUGUCAGACAACGCUCCUCAAACAAACUGGUAUGAUGCUGUGGACACCCAACAAGAAGAAAAGUAUGAUGUUUUUGUUAGCUUCAGGGGCGAGGACAUCCGUGACGGUUUUCUCAGCCAUCUAGCAGUGGCUUUUCAUCAAAAGAAAAUAAAUGCCUUUGUGGAUGACAAGCUUCAGAGGGGUGAAGAAAUAUGGCCAUCACUUGUUGGAGCUAUUGAAGGAUCAUUGAUUUCAGUGAUCAUAUUCUCUGAAAACUACGCUUCUUCAACUUGGUGUUUGAAAGAACUGAUCAAAAUACUUGAGUGCAGAGACAAGUAUGGACACACUCUAAUACCAAUUUUUUACGGAGUAGAUCCCACAGAUGUACGACAUCAGACAAGGAGUUAUGUAUCUGCAUUUGCUGAGCAUCGAAAAAAAUUUGAUCCGACCAUGGUGCAAAUAUGGAGGGAUGCUUUGAAUAAAUCUGCUAAUUUAUCGGGAAUUAAGUCAUUAGAUUUUGGGAAUGAAGCAGAGCUGCUUGAAAAGAUCAUCAAUGAAGUGUUGCAUCAGUUAAGGAGGUUGAGUAAGCACACACCUAACUCAAAUGGACUUGUUGGAAUCGGAAAAUCAAUUGCUGAUAUAGAAGCCUUGCUGCUUAAAGACUCAAAAGAUGUCCGUAAAAUUGGAAUUUGGGGUAUGGGAGGUAUCGGCAAGACAACUAUUGCAGAACAAGUGUUCAGUAAAAUAUGUUCUCAGUAUAAAGGUACCUGUUUUUUGUCAAAUGUAAGAGAAGAGUCAACAAAACAUGGAAUAAUUUAUUUGAAAGAAAAACUUUUCUCCACACUAUUAGCAGAAGAUGUGAAAAUAAAGUCGCCAAAUGGAUUGUCUGAUGAUAUUCGGAGAAGGAUUAUUCGUAUGAAGGUUCUCAUUGUUCUUGAUGAUGUGAAUGAUUCAGAUCAGCUUGAUCGGCUUGAAUUAUAUGGAACCGUUGAUAAGUUUGGACGGGGCACUAGAAUAAUUGUAACAACUAGAGAUCAACAAGUGCUCAUCGCUAACAAAGUUGAUGAUAUACAUCACGUUGGAGAAUUGACCUCUAGUGAAUCACUUGAGCUUUUCAAUUCGAUUUCCUUUAACCAAAGUCACCUGGAAACACAGUUUCAUGAAACAUCAAAGAAACUUGUUGAUUAUGCCAAAGGCAUUCCAUUAGUUCUUAAAGUUUUGGGUAAGCUUCUUCAUGGAAAAGGUGAUGAAGUGUGGGAAAGUCAGCUAAACAAGCUCAAGCAAAUGCCAAGUCCAGAAGUUUAUGAUGUACUGAGAUUGAGUUAUGAUGAUCUAGACCGCAAAGAGCAAAGGAUUUUUCUGGAUCUUGCGUGUUUCUUUAAAGGAUUGGAUUUUAAGGUGGAAUUACUAAAAACUUUAUUGAAAGAUUGUGAAAGUGACAAUUCAGUGGCUCAUGGGUUAGAAAGGCUGAAAGAUAAGACUCUUAUAGUUAUUUCUGAGGAUGGUGUUGUAUCUAUGCAUGAUCUUAUGGAAGAAAUAGCUUGGGAGAUUGUUCGCCAAGAAUCUAAAGACGACAUUGGAAGCCAAAGUCGAUUGGGGGAUGCAGAUGACUUUAACAAAGUAUUAGAAAAUGACAAGGGGAAUGAGGUUGUUAGAAGCAUACGGGUGCACGUGUCAACAAUGAGGUUAAGCUCUCAGAUAUUUACUAAAAUGAGCAAACUACAAUUUCUAGAUUUUUAUAGUGCCUAUACGAUUCCAUACCAUGACGUUCUUCCUAAAGGACUUCAAUCAUUUCCAACUGAACUAAGAUAUCUUCGUUGGUGGCAUUACCCUUUGAAAUCCUUGCCAAAGAAAUUUUGUGCAGAGAAACUUGUUGUGUUGGACUUGUCACAUAGCAGAGUGAAAAGACUUUGGCACGGUGUCCAGAACCUGGUUAAUUUAAAGCAAGUUAACCUAUCUGGUUGUAUGUCCCUGAAGGAGCUGCCAGACUUUUCAAAAGCCACAGAUCUUGAAGUGCUUGAUGCAAGUUGUUGUAUGAAGUUAACUGCUGUGAAAUCAUCCGUGUUUUCUCUUGCCAAGCUUGAGAAAUUGGAUCUUAGUUUCUGCUGGUCCCUCACCAGCCUUACAAGCAAUGCUCAAUUAAGCUGCCUCAGUCAUCUCAACCUAGAAGGGUGCCGUCAUCUAACAAAAUUCUCAGUGACAUCAGAGAAUAUGGUAGAACUAAAUCUAAAAAGUACCAGAAUCAAAGCAUUGCCCACAUCAUUUGGAUGUCAAAGAAAGCUUGAAACUCUAUAUUUAGAUAAAACUAGAAUUAAGAGCUUACCAUCAUGCAUGGUGAAUCUCACAAGACUACGAUAUCUGACCCUAAGAGAUUGUGAGAAGCUUCAAACAAUUCCAGAGCUUCCACCGUCCCUUGAAACUCUACUUAUCGACGACUGCAGCUCAUUGAAGACAGUGUCGUUCCCUUCAACAGCUGCUAAACAAUUCCAGGAGAACAGGAAAAGGGUAGAGCUCUUUUAUUUUGAGAGGUUGGAUGAAGAUUCUCUGAUGGCUAUUGGGUUGAAUGCGCAAAUCAAUGUGAUGAAAUUUGCCCAGCAACAUCUAUCUGCAUUGAAGCUUGAUUUUGUUGAAAACUAUGAUGAUUACUCUCGUAAUUAUGAUUCUUAUCAGGCUGUGCAUGCAUUUCCAGGAAGCAGAGUACCAGAGUGGUUGGAAUAUAAGACAAUGGGAGAUUCAGUAAUUAUUGAUCUCUCUUGUCCUCCAACAUCCCCUCUGUUUGGCUUCAUUUUCUGCUUCGUCAAUGAUAAGUGGCCAAAGUAUGAUGAGUGGCUAAAGUAUGAUGAGUUUCCAAACUAUUAUAAAAAAUUCAAAUUGAAAUUCACUAUUAGUGCUGGGGAAGAUGAUGCUGGUGAAGAUAAAAAGGACAGCAUUGAAGUUAACAUGUAUUUAAACUCAAUGUACACUAGAGGAGAUCAUGUGUGUGUGAUGUACGACCAAAGAUGCUCUCGCUACUUAAGUAGAAGAUCACAAAAUCUGUCAAGGUUCCAAAUCAAGGUUACACCAUGGUGGCUUCCCGAUUUUCUUAAUGAAGAGUCAGAAGAGAGGAUGGAAUUAAAAGGGUUUGGGGUGAGCCUAAUAAGCACCUUCAAAUAUGACAGCUUCGUUCGACAAAUGAAAUUGCGUGAUUCUGGUGGAUGCAACAGGAUAUUUUAAGCUACUCUACUGUAACCCUAGCAGAAGAAUAAAGAUAACAGAAAAUUGGAUAAAAUUUGAGAAUAUUCAUUGA